AUGUCAGCUAAUGAAGAUGAUAAUAUUGAAGAUUUACAAUCUGCUAUUUAUAAAUUUCCACCUAGUGUGCAAGCGGUAAUUGAAAAGGUUUGUCCAAGCAACGAUCCAUUAGAUCAACCAGAUUUCAAUGCUGUGGAUUACAUCAAUUCUUUAUUUCCUACUGAACAAUCGCUUUCUAAUAUCGAUGAUGUUAUUACUAAAAUGGAGCAAGAAAUUCGUUGUAUAGACAAAAAAAUUCGUACAGUUGUGCGAGGUCAAACAAAUAAUAAUCAGGAUGGAAAGACAGCUUUACAGGAUGCACAAAAGGCUAUUAGACAAUUAUUUAUACAAAUUAAAGAUAUUAAAUCUAAGGCUGAACAGUCAGAAGAAACCGUUAAAGAAAUAACGAGAGAUAUAAAGCAAUUAGAUUUUGCAAAAAAAAAUCUAACAUCGUCUAUCAUUACUUUAAAUCACUUACAUAUGCUGGUUGAUGGAGUCGAGACAUUAAAAGAUUUAACAAGAAAGAAACAAUAUGGAGAGAUUAUUUUACCGUUGCAAGCUACUAUGGAAGUAAUGCAACAUUUUAACAAUUACAUGGAUAUACCCCAAAUAAAAGAAUUGUCCGAUCAAGUGCAACAAAUUCAUAUUGAGUUAGCUCAGCAAAUAACAACAGACUUCAAAGAGGCCUUUUCUGGUCAGAAUCUCAAGCAUUUUACUCAAUUAACCGAAGGAUGUUUAGUGCUUUCUGCUUUAGAUCCAAAAGUGAAGAAAGAGCUGUUAGUUUGGUUUGUGGCCAAGCAACUACAAGAGUAUACCCACCUAUUUGACGAAAAUCAGGAUUUCGCUUGGCUAGACAAAAUCGAUCGACGUUACGCCUGGAUUAAAAAGCACCUCCUUGACUUUGAAUCGAAGUUCGGCAGCAUUUUUCCACAAGACUGGGAGGUUUCCGAACGCAUAGCUGUUCAAUUCUGCCACAUAACGCGCGAGGAUCUCAUUAAACUUAUGCACAAACGAUCUUCUGAGAUAGACGUCAAGUUAUUAUUAUAUGCUAUUCAGCGCACAACGAAUUUCGAAAAUUUGCUAUCCAAAAGAUUUACGGGUGUAACGUUAGGAGACCCGACUAAGCAGGAUAAGAAAGUUGCUGGGAUAGCAGCUGCAAGCAUUACGAGCGAUGGUAACGUACCAGGCAAUCCAUUCGAAGAGGAAAGUACGGAGAAAGUGGAACAAGAUAAAGCAAUGCCAAGCCUUUUUGCUAACUUGAUAGGCAACUGUUUCGAGUCUUAUCUGUACAUUUACAUAGAGAGUUUGGAUCGAAACUUAUUCGAGCUCGUGGACAAAUUUAUGGCGGAUUGUAAAGCUCAGCCACCUGGUGCUCAGGCAUACGAGGGCAUAGAGGGUCCGAGCAGUGUACUUUCUUCGUGCGCAGACUUAUUUGUAUUCUAUAAGAAGUGUAUGUUACAAUGUACUCAGCUCAGUUCUGGAUCGAUUAUGUUAAGCCUGGCUGAGACUUUUCAGAAAUAUUUACGUGAAUACGCUAUGAAGAUUUUGCAAAGUAAUCUGCCAAAAAUUGGUGGGGCUAGUAUUGGAUCAAGCGUAAGUAGUAUAACAAGAGAAUUUCGAGAUUUAUCAACUUCAGGCUUUAUUCAAAAUUUUCAAAGUUUUUUGAAGGAAGGUGAAAGUAGUAGGUUUAACAAAGAAGAGCAAGCACGUAUUUGUUGUAUUUUAACAACUGCAGAAUAUUGCCUUGAAACAACACAGCAAUUGGAAGAAAAACUUCGUUUGAAAACUGAUAAGACAUAUGCAGACAAGAUCAAUUUGUCUCAAGAACAAGAUAUUUUUCAUGGAGUAAUAUCAAACUGUAUUCAAUUAUUAGUCCAGGAUUUGGAAUUAGCAUGUGAACCACCUUUAAAUAUCAUGAUAAGGAUGCAGUGGAGUACAGUUGAAAGCGUAGGUGAUCAAAGCAGUUAUGUGAGUACAAUAGUGGCUCAUCUUUGUCAAACCAUUCCGACUAUUAGAGAUCAAUUGUCCUCUUGCAGAAAAUAUUUUACACAACUUUGUGUUAAAUUUGUUAGCUCCUUCAUUCCUAAAUUAACUCAACAAAUAUAUAAGUGCAAACCUCUUAAUACAGUGGGAGCAGAACAAUUAUUGCUAGAUGUUCAUAUGUUAAAAACUGCUUUAUUAGAUCUUCCAUCGACUGGUUGCCAAAUUCACAGAAAAGCACCAGCUACGUAUACAAAGGUUGUAGUUAAAGGUAUGACCAACGCUGAAAUGAUUCUUAAAAUUGUAAUGUCACCAACAGAAUCUGCAAGCGCUUUCGCCGACCAGUGUAGAAAAUUAUUACCGGAUCUCAAAAUACCAGAAUUUCAAAAAAUAUUGGAUAUGAAAGGUUUGCGGAAAAUCGAACAAGUUCAGUUAUUGGAGGAGUUUAAGCAACGGAUAAAUGCAGACUCAUCGAGCGAGCUUAGAGCAAAUAUUGUGCAAGAGAGUCCAGAACACGAGGCAGGAAGAAUUAAAAGAUUAGAAAAAUUAAUUAAAAAGAGAAUGUAAGACUAAGAUGUAGAUUAAAAAA